AUGAUAUUCCGCUCGCGACUCCCCCUGCCCCCCGUCCCCCAAUGUGAUGUGUUCAACUUCAUCUUCCACCACAGCCGGCGAGACUACCCUCGCAAUCGCGUGCUCUACAGCGUCGAUGGUACCGACGAGCAGCUAACUCUGGCUGAGUUGGAGGCCCAGAGCCGACGCUUGGCCCGCGCCCUCCGCUCUCACUAUGGCAUCAAACCGCAAGAUGCCGUCGCCAUCUUCGCCCGUGACAAGAUCCAAUAUCCCAUCGCAUUCUUUGGGGCGUUGGCGGCGGGUGCCACUAUCGCCCUGAUUCCCGUGCAAGCAUCUACUGUCGCCAGCGACGUCGCCCGUCAUCUGCAGCAGAUCAACGCCCAACUUCUCAUCACCGAUACCGAUGUGCUUUCACUGGCCGAGGCUGCAUCCGCCAUGCUAGACGGACAAGUCAUGCCCCUGGUAACCCUCGACGACACUUCCAACUGCCAGUAUCCUUCACUUGCCACCCUCACGACAAACACAACCUACUGCUACGAGGACAUCUUCAACCUGGACACCCCUGAGGCUGCCGACUCCCAUACGGGCUUCAUUAACCGCACAAGCGGCUCAACGGGUAACAUGAAAUGCGUCCUUGUCAGCCACGCACAUUUCAUCGCCACCCUCGAAGGCACACGCGCGACUAUCCCCGCCAACACAUCCCCCGACACAGACACAUGGCUCUCUCCACUAUCCCUCGGCUUCUUCAUCAACGCAAAGCUAAACAUGGGACUUAACAUCCUCCUAGGCAUCCGAGUCAUCUUGGUACCCUCCAAGCCAGACCUCGACGCCGCAUCAACCGUCGAGCUUAUCGCCCGCCACCGAAUCACCUUCCUCUUCGUCACGCCUCCGCUGGCGGCACAGCUUGCCCAUGUCGAGACAUCAUCAUCAAAGACGAAGUCAAUCAAAUGGCUGCUUUCAGCUGGGGCUCCAAUCCACGAGAAUCUUCGGACGGCAGUAUCGCGUCGCUUCCACGAUAUCCCGCUGAGCCUUGAACUCGGCACUGCGGAGACUAUGCUCAUCUCUAUGCAAUUUGACGAGGAUUCUCGCGCCCCGGGGUCAACAGGUACUCUUGUGAGUGGAACAGAGGCCAAAGUCGUCAACCCAGAAACGAAACUGGAGCAGAGGGGAUGGGGCCCCCAACACGCAGGUGAGCUCCUCGUCCGCAACUGUCUAGCCCGGUACCGGGGAUAUCAGAACAAUGAUGCAGCCAAUGCCGCCGCAUUUGAUGCCGAGGGCUGGUUUCACACGGGGGAUUUCGGGUACCUCGAUGAGAAGGGAAAUGUCUAUGUCCUGGACCGGAUCAAGGAGCUAAUCAAGACUGGCGGAGGGUACGGGGUACACGUGUCUGCCGCGGAGCUGGAGGAGGUCUUGUUUAUGCAUCAGGCGGUUGGAAGUGUGGUGGUUUUAGGGGUACGCGAGGAGGGCAGCCAGAGGGAUUUGCCGACGGCUUUUGUGGUGCCCAAAGGGGAUGACUGGGAAAAGCAAAAGAUGGGGGAGGUACAGGAGGCCAUUGAGAGAUUUGCGGAGGAGAAGUUGACGGGCUUGCAGAAAUUGACUGGGGGAGUUUAUUGUCUUUCCGAGUUGCCCCGGAAGGGAUUUAAAGUGAAUCGGUCGGCUUUGAGGGAGUUGGCGAAGAUGCAGCGGGGAUGUACCACCAUCACAUCGUGA